CAGGCGACGAGGACGAUCGCCGUCUACCCUAGCGAGGAGUUUUGCAGGGGGGCCCUCGUUUCUUCGCCCGAGCAAUACCUGGAAAUGUACAAGAAGUCGAUAGAUGAUCCUGCGGGGUUCUGGUCAGAGAUUGCAUCAGAGUUUUACUGGAAAGAGAAAUGGGACCCUGAAGUUUAUACGGGAAAUCUUGAUGUGACAACGGGGCCUAUUAAGAUUGAGUGGUUCAAAGGAGGCAGCACAAACAUAUGUUACAAUGCAUUGGACCGAAACAUUGAGACGGGGAAUGGAGACAAGAUUGCAUUGUAUUGGGAAGGGAAUGAACCGGGUUCUGAUGUGAAGUUAACUUACAAUGAGCUCUUAGAGAAGGUUUGCCAGCUUGCCAAUUACUUGAAGCAUGUGGGUGUUAAGAAGGGUGAUGCAGUUGUUAUAUACUUGCCUAUGUUAAUGGAGUUGCCUAUUGCUAUGUUGGCAUGUGCAAGAAUUGGUGCUGUGCACUCGGUUGUAUUUGCUGGUUUCUCUGCGGAAUCACUUGCUCAGAGGAUUAUUGAUUGCAAACCGAAGGUAGUGAUAACAGCCAAUGCCGUGCGUAGGGGGGCAAAAGCUAUCCAUCUAAAAGACAUAGUAGAUAAUGCGCUUACUGAAUCUGAAAAGAGUGGAGUUCCUGUAGGUUUGUGUUUGACUUAUGAAAAUCAUUUGGCCAUGGAGAGGGGGGCUACUAAAUGGCAGGAUGGAAGGGAUAUAUGGUGGCAGGAUGUUGUCCCAGAAUUCCCUACAAAAUGUGAAGUGGAAUGGGUUGAUUCUGAAGACCCACUAUUUCUGUUGUACACAAGUGGCAGUACUGGAAAGCCCAAGGGUGUAUUACACACAACCGGAGGAUAUAUGGUGUACACUGCAACUACUUUCAAAUAUGCAUUUGACUAUAAGUCAUCUGAUAUAUACUGGUGCAGUGCAGACUGCGGUUGGAUUACUGGGCACAGCUAUGUAACAUAUGGCCCUCUGCUAAAUGGAGCUACUGUUGUAAUUUUUGAAGGGGCUCCAAAUUAUCCAGAUGCUGGACGUAGCUGGGACAUUGUUGAUAAGUAUAAAGUGACGAUAUUUUACACUGCUCCAACUCUGAUUCGUUCUCUCAUGCGAGAAGGUAAUGAGUAUGUUACUCGCUAUUCUCGUAAAUCAUUACGAGUGUUAGGAAGUGUAGGGGAGCCCAUAAAUCCAAGUGCUUGGAGGUGGUUUUAUAAUGUCGUUGGCAACUCACGAUGCCCUAUUUCAGAUACUUGGUGGCAGACUGAGACUGGUGGUUUUAUGAUUACUCCUCUACCCGGUGCAUGGCCACAGAAGCCUGGCUCUGCCACAUUUCCAUUCUUUGGGGUCCAGCCAGUUAUUGUGGAUGAGAAAGGGAAUGAAAUAGAAGGUGAAUGUAGUGGGUAUCUCUGCAUUAAAAGAUCAUGGCCAGGGGCAUUCAGAACACUUUAUGGUGAUCAUGAAAGAUAUGAGACCACAUACUUUAAGCCAUUUUCAGGUUAUUAUUUCUCUGGUGAUGGCUGCAGCAGGGACAAGGAUGGCUACCAUUGGCUCACUGGAAGAGUUGAUGAUGUUAUCAAUGUCAGUGGACAUCGUAUUGGGACAGCAGAAGUAGAAUCUGCACUAGUGUCACACCCUCAGUGUGCAGAGGCUGCUGUGGUUGGAGUUGAGCAUGAGGUCAAAGGGCAGGGUAUUUAUGCCUUUGUUACUUUAGUAGAUGGUGUUCCUUACAGUGAAGAACUCCGGAAAGACCUCAUAUCAACAGUGCGAAAACAGAUUGGUGCAUUUGCUGCUCCAGAAAAGAUACAUUGGGCACCAGGACUUCCAAAAACGAGAAGUGGAAAAAUCAUGAGGAGGAUUCUGAGGAAAAUUGCUUCCAGACAACUUGAUGAACUAGGGGAUAUAAGUACUCUUGCCGACCCAAGUGUGGUGGAACAGUUGAUUGCACUCGGUGAUUCCUAAGUUCCAGAUGGAAACGUGCACAAAGUUAAGAGAGUUUCUUAGCUUUAUUCCAUAUUCUGAUGCUGUUGUCAUUGGGACUAUGGAAAUAUACAAAGAGAAAUCAGACGAUGGUUGCGACCGCAUGUCUGAUAGAAUAAGUGGCGUCCAGGUGUGCUUUAAUUUCUUAUUUAUAGAUGUUGUCGAGAAAUCAAGAUCAGCUUGGAUCUCUUGCUGUAGUGUCUAAAUGAAUAUGAUCAUGUCAUUUUAUUUAUCGGUAAAUGUUUUUCUGUUGUUUAACUUUCGAAUGCCAUAGUGUUUGCGUACUGUUUGAAUU